AUGGGAGCGAUUCUGAGUUUGUUCCAAGGAGGAGAAAAGGGCGAGAAAAUUAUUAUCGACUUUGACCAUGUACAACCGACAGCAGAAGAACAAGACCUGUACACAAAGGUCGAGGAAUGCCUUAAAAAGUCUGCGAACAUCUUAACGCAGAUCACCGCAUAUAAAGGAUGUGAAGAACUGAUCAGGAAAGCUAUCUCACAAGUCUCGCAAGAGAAUGAAGAAGAGUGUUGGAAGGCUUUAAUCCCACGCGUCGACACACUUCAUACCUUCUUCGAAUUCUCAAACGAACUGAAGGAAAAAUUCAUUCAAAUACUCCAAGUCUUGUCAAAGGAAGAGGCUAAAGCAUCUCUUCAGAAAUACCAAGCACUCUCAAAACAAGUCGGGUUGGUCUUGGACUUUGUCCUUCAAUUCGAUAACAAGAAGUUGGGGAACUCUUCUAUACAGAACGACUUCUCGUAUUACCGACGUACUUUGAAUCGUAUGAAAAGUGUGAAGAAGGACUACGAGAUCACCAUUAAAGACGAGACGGCAAACAAAAUGUCCAUGUUCUUCGCUUACUCAUCUCCUAUGAUGAAGGUGUUGACAGACGCUGUCAACGAUUUCACUAAAAACGCCGACGAUUUGGUCAAGGGGAAUAUCUCUGGCAUACUCUGCACUUUGGCAAAUGUCUGUAACGACAUGGUGACUGCUGGAACAUUCGAGAAUACUCUGACCAAUUUGUUCUGUUUGAGAGUCAUGACGGGAAGUAUCAUCUUGAACGACAUCAUCUCAACCCUUGGAAGUUUCCACAAGAAAACACCAAUCCACGUCAAGGAGUGCAUCAUGCAAUUAAAGAACUACGGACAAGAAGAUGACGAGGUCGCGGACAACACAAAAAGCUUGCUCGACACACUCAGAUUCACCUCGAAGCACAUCCAAGACCAAGACACUCCGGGUUAUAUCAAAGCCCUCCUGAUUUAA